UGCUGAACAGCGGCCGCAGCGCCAUGUUGGCGAAGUCUCUCAUCUCCGUGAGAGAAAAAAAAAUGAUAGAAAACACAAUUGCCGCGAAGAAAAGGUAGAUCUCCGCAAAAACUCGCGGGGGGGGAGUCGAAGAUUUACGGCGAUUAUUUUCCGCUUUUUUUUUUUUUUUUUUUUUUUUUUUUAGUUAAAAAAAAAAAGGACACCAACCCCGUUACCCGGACCCUACGGAGAACCUGCAGCGGUUCCGGACCGGAGCGGGCCAGGGGAGGCUGAAAACCUCCCUCCGUCCCCAUGAGCAUGACCCCGAAGAACCGAGACUCUCCAUGAGCCACACCGGACCUUACUAGAGCCGCUGCAACAAUCCCAGCACCUCCUGAUCCUCGCUUCGCAUAUGCAUGCGAGCCUGCGCGCUGUUUUUGCAUCAGUAUUUAUUAUUAAGGUGUAGCUUUUUUUUAAUUUGUUUGAGUGUUUUGUUGCGAUGAGUUUGCCACCGAAAGUGGUCUCCAAGCCCGCCUCCUCCGCCGCUGCCGUUGUGGCGGCCGGCGGGGCUGGAGGUGGCCCGUCCCCGGCCGGCCAGCUGCGGGCUGCCCUGCCGCCGGGAGCCGCUGCAGCCCCGCAGCAGCCCGGCGCCGCGCCGCCGCCGCAAAUCGCUCGGGUUCAGCAAUCACUGGACGACCGACUCUUCCCCACACAGCCUGGAGUCGCUGUCUACAGCGUACCAAGGCAUGCUGGCGCUCCUUACACUGCUCACGAUAUCACAAAGGGACACCCUAGCUUGGCGGGAACCCCGCCUGGUCAUGCCCACUCUCAGCCGCUCUCUCAGGUAUCAGUACCCACAGCUUCCCCAUAUCGCUACCCUAAAGGCUGGGAGACAGGCGGAGGGUCUCCAUACAACCCUGGGCAAAAUGCUGGCUCCGCUCCUUUAGUAUAUUCUGCCCAGACACAGCCAAUGAAUGCACAGCCACAAAGUCGCCCGUUUGCCACGGGCCCUCGACCAACUCACCAUCAGGGAGGAUUCAGACCCAUCCAGUUUUUUCAGCGGACUCAGAUGCAGACUGCAAGGCCCAACAUCCCAACAAACACACCCACCUUACGGCCUGGCUCACAGACUCCCACAGCGGCUGUGUACCCCGCCAACCAGCCAAUCAUGAUGACCAUGGCACCCAUGCCUUUUCCUUCCCCACAGGCUGCACAGUACUACAUCCCACAGUACCGCCACAGUACACCCUACGUGGGUCCCCCGCAGCAGUAUUCUGUACAACCUCCAGGGUCCGGCACCUUCUAUCCUGGUCCUGGACCAGGGGAGUACCCCACCCCAUAUCAUCCCCUCAGGUACCACCCUCCAGUCUCACCCUCUGUUGCUGCUCCCGUUCAAACAGCUGGUCCACCCUAUUACCCUGGACAGACACUGUACCCCCCCUCACCCCCCAUCAUAGUGCCUACACCACAGCAACCUCAACCAGCCAAGCGUGAGAAGAAAACAAUCCGUAUCCGUGACCCAAAUCAGGGCGGCAGGGAUAUCACAGAGGAGAUCAUGGCAGGGGGCUCUGGCAGCAGGAAUUCAACACCUCCUGUGGGCCCCCCCUCCUCUACACCGACUCCACCACAGCAGCUGAGCAGCAGCCAGACUCCGGAGCAGCAGCCGUCGCAGCCUCUGCCUCCUCAUCAACCGCAGACCCAUUCUGGAGGUUACGCAUUGGAGCCCCCACAGAUAUCGCAGCAACCGCUGACAAGUGGGACUUCAGACACCAAACCAUGGCCAGAUGAUAUGCCAAAAUUAGAGCCAGUUGUUCAGAAGUCUUCCUCACCAGGGCUCGUGCAGCCUGAAGUUCCCUUGGAGCGACUGCAGGCCAACACUCCUGUUUCCGAGCCCCCUGCCACUGUUGAAGAAGAGCUGCCCCUCCCCGCCUCCCUGCCCACCCCCGUCACUCUCCCACUAACCACGGCCAGCACCGAGCGCCCCUCGGCUCCGGCUCCAUCCCCCUCCUCUUCUGUCGGGGAGAGCAAAACGUCACUGGCAGCACCACAGAUGCCCAACACAGACAAGCCUCUUCCAGAUCACCCUCAAACUCUACCUGCCUCUCACUCUCCGGCUCCCAAGGCUCUGAACGGACUCUCAGACUCCGGGGCCGAGCUCGACGCCGCAGCUCACGAGCCGUCUCUCCUGCCUCCGGCUGCACUCCAUCCCCAGGCCCUGGUCUCCGCCUACAGAGACGCCUCCUCUUCUGAAACCGUGCCCUCUGACGUGAGGCCAGAGGUGCCAAUUGCUGCUGCGUUGUCCCCUCUGGCACCUGUGGCUGUCGUGCCAGUCACCUUGACCUCAAGCUCCAUCCCAGCUUUACCAGUGAUGCUUCCCCCUGGCCUUCCGCCUCUAGUGCAGGCCACAGCAGAGGCUGACGAACCGAACAAGUCCUUAGACACUAAAGACCUCACAGGGACGGAGGCUCACAGUGGCAUUAUGGAGAGCAAAACAGAAUCCCAGCCACAAGCACUUACCAGAAAGAGUCCCACUACAGUUGAUCAGACUUCUUCUGCUAUACCAAAGACCUGGAGAAAACCAAAUGAAGGGAUCUUUGCUGGAGACGCAUCUCAAAAGGAGGAUGAGGAUGAGCCCAAGGCAGUGGAUCAGGCUUCUGGGGAGCAGGCCCUGCAGUCAGUUCCUCUGAGCUGCAGCCCAGUCCCCCUGCCAUCAGUCUUCACCUCCACCGCUGCUCCUGCGUCUGCUCCUGCGUCUGCUCCUGCGUCUGCUCCUACGUCUGUUCCUGCAUCUGCUCCUGCGUCUGCGCCUGCGUCUGCUCCUGCGUCUGCUCCUGCGUCUGCGUCUGCUCCUAUGCCUGCUCCUGCCAGCAGCCCGGAGGCUGACGGAAAGCCAGCGGCUCCAGAAGAAAACGGCGAGGUCGAGGUGGAGCCCAUGAGAAAUGGUGCAGGUCACACUUCAGAGACAGAGAGCAGCGACAGUGGAGCCACCCCUGGAGACAAGGACAACUCGACAGGGGGACCUCAGGACAUGGAAGACCUGGCUGACUCCAGUGGGAAGAGACAGUAUAACAGAGACUUCCUGUUAGGCUUCCAGUUCAUGCCUGCAUGCGUACUGAAGCCUGAAGGACUCCCUCCAAUCAGUGAUGUGGUGCUGGACAAGAUGAACCAAAACAAGUUGCCGUCUCGAGUGGUGGAUUCCAGGGUGAUUUCCAGAGGACCUGAUUUCACACCUGCUUUUGCAGAUUUUGGGAGGCAGAUGGGUGGAGGACGUGGAGCUGCACUCAUGAAUAUUGGGGCUCGGCGGGCUCCACCCAGGAAGAUCAUCAUGAACGUGACAGUUAAUGAUGAUAUUCAGCUGAAAAAAUCGGAGAAUGCCUGGAAACCUGGCAUGAAGAGGGAGGAGCCCCCGGAGGAUUCAGAUAUGCAGCAAACGCAGGAGCUCUUCAGGAAGGUACGAAGCAUCCUGAACAAGCUGACGCCUCAGAAGUUCAGCCAGCUGAUGAAGCAGGUGACGGAUCUAACCAUCGACACGGAGGAGAGGCUAAAAGGGGUCAUCGACCUGGUCUUUGAGAAGGCCAUCGACGAGCCCGGCUUCUCCGUGGCUUAUGGAAACAUGUGCCACGCCCUCGCCACACUCAAAGUGCAGAUGACGGACAAACCCAACUCCACGGUGAAUUUUCGCAAGCUGCUGCUAAAUCGUUGCCAGAAGGAGUUUGAGAAGGACAAGGUGGACGAUGUGGUGUUUGAGAGAAAGCAGAAAGAGCUGGACUCUGCUGCAUCGGCGGAGCGCGACCGGCUUCAGGAAGAGCUGCAAGAAGCCAAGAACAAGGCUCGCCGGCGUUCUAUCGGCAACAUCAGGUUUAUUGGCGAGCUCUUUAAACUCAAGAUGUUGACGGAGGCAAUCAUGCACGACUGUGUGGUGAAGCUGCUCAAGAACCACGAUGAGGAGUCUUUAGAAUGCCUGUGCAGACUGCUCACCACCAUCGGCAAGGACCUUGACUUUGAGAAGGCCAAGCCUCGGAUGGAUCAAUAUUUCAAUCAAAUGGAAAAAAUUGUGAAGGAGAGGAAGACGUCCUCCAGGAUACGGUUUUUGUUACAGGAUGUUAUUGAUCUGAGAUUGCACAAUUGGGUGUCCCGAAGAGGCGACACGGGCCCGAAAACCAUUGAACAGAUCCACAAGGAGGCUAAGAUUGAAGAGCAGGAAGAGCAGAGAAAAGUGCACCAGCAACUGCUCAACAAGGACACCAAGAGGCGGCCAGAUCCUCGUGAACAGCGACGUGAACAGCCAAGAGAGGAGACCUGGAACACUGUGCCCAUGACGAAGAAUAGCAGGACCAUUGACCCCAAUAAGAUCCCAAAGAUCUCCAAGCCUCAGAUGGAUGAGAAGAUCCAGCUGGGCCCACGGGCUCAAGUCACGUGGGUGAAGGGCAGCAGCGGAGGAGCCAAAGCCAGCGACUCAGAUCUGUCUCGGACAGUUGGCCUCAACCGUUACUCUGCUCUGCAGCUCACAUCCACACCCUCAACUCAGCCCUCCUCCACACCUCCACAGAAUCCAGAGUUUGACUCUCGGAGAACUCUGGGAAGUGGUCGUAGCAGCACAGUCAGAGAGCGCGGCGAGAAGCCACUGAUGACGAGCCAGUCACUGACACGGCCCGGCGCUUUCAGCAGAGCGAGCAGUUCAAAAGAGCUGCUGGAGAGUCAAAGCCCAGAGGAGCCACGACGAGACCGGGAGCGAGAAGUAGCUGAACCUCGGAGGCCGAGCGUCACAGAGGACAAAACUGAGCCCGAGCGCAUCAGAGCCAAGGAGACAGUGAAACCUGAACCCGUGGUCCAGACCCCGGACAGACCUGCCCUGUCUGAGGAGGAGAUUGAGAGGAAGUGCAAGUCUAUUAUUGACGAGUUCCUGCACAUAAAUGAUUUCAAGGAGGCUGUUCAGUGUGUGGACGAGCUGGACUUGGGCUCCCAGCUGCACAUGUUUGUGCAGAUCGGAGUGGAGUCCACCCUGGAGCGCAGUCUCAUCACACGGGACCAUAUGGGCCAGCUCUUCUUCCAGCUGGUGCAGCAGGGAAUCCUCCCCAAACAACACUUCUAUAAAGGGUUUGUGGACACGUUGGAGAUGGCGGACGACAUGGCUAUCGACAUUCCCCACAUCUGGCUGUAUCUGGCCGAGCUGCUCAGCCCUGUGCUGAAGGAGGGGGGCUUCUCAAUGAAGGAGCUCUUUAGUGAAUUAAGCAAACCGUUGCUUCUUGUUGGAAGAGCUGGGAUCCUAAUAUCUGAAAUUCUGCACAUACUAUGCAAACAAAUGAGCCAUAGAACUGUAGGGUCUUUGUGGAGGGAAUCUGGUUUCAACUGGACUGACAUUCUGCCAGAGGGAGAGGACGUCCAGGCUUUCCUCUCACAGCAGAAGCUCCAGUUCCUUCUGUCGGACAGCUCCAGUUCUGAGGAUGCUCAGGCUAAAAGGAUCUUCUCUGCGGAGGAGCUGAGCCAGCAGCUGGAGAGACUUCUUUUAGAGGACAUGGCCAGUGACGAGCAGAUCUUUGACUGGGUGGAGGCAAACCUGGAUGACUCUCAGAUGAGCUCGUCUCCCUUCCUGAGGGCGUUGAUGACAGCUGUGUGCAAGGCAGCAGUGAAAGAUGAUAGCAACGGCUGCCGAGUGGACACGGCCAUCAUCCAGAGAAGAUUGCCUGUAUUACUCAAGUACCUUAACUCAGACACUGAGCGACAGCUGCAAGCACUUUAUGCACUUCAGGCGCUGAUUGUUACCCUCGAUCAGCCACCAAACCUCCUCCGGAUGUUCUUUGACUGUCUGUAUGACGAGGACGUCAUCUCGGAGGACGCUUUCUACAAGUGGGAGACGAGCAAAGACCCUGCCGAGCAGCAGGGUAAGGGGGUGGCCCUCAAGUCCGUAACGGCCUUCUUCACGUGGCUGCGGGAGGCAGAAGAGGAGUCGGAGGAUAAUUGACGAGGGAGACACCCGGGACACAGCGUAGUAGAACUGCAUCCUUAACAGCAGAACAAACUUCCAAAAUGGCUGCGCGGACAGGACAAGAAGUUUACGGCUGGAAUUCUUUUUCUGCGGUACUGUUCUGAAACAUGCCGCUGUUUUGAGUUUGGAUUCCAACGGUGGAAGCACUAAAUACCUGUAUCAUACAUAGAAAAUAUUUUUGUUUUAAAUUUUAACUUACUUUUCUUUUGUUACUUUUUAAGAAGAAACUUAAAAGAUACAUAGGUUCUGGACUCUUUAAUUUAUUAUUUUUUUAAGGACUGCAAAUAUGGAAGUUAUUUAACAUUUGCAGAUGCUCACGAAAAGAACACGACAACAGAAAUAACAAUAUAAUUAAUUAUAAUAACAAAAUAAUUGUGAGAUAGAUAUCCUCCCUGAAUUUCACGCUGUUUGGUUGAAAACAGGGUAAAAAAAGAAAAAGAAAAAAACAAACAAAAAAAAACAGUUAUUUUGGGAUGAAGUGAAAGCGGAUAUUUAAAAAAGGAGUGAAUAAACGGGAACCGUUCGUGCUGUUCCAGAUCAGAGGUUAUCUUGUAAUAACCAUAAAGUGUUUGUUUUUUGUUUCUGUUUUUUUUUUUUUUUUUUUUUUUUCUUCUUCCUCAGCCUUGACUUGCUCUGCAUUGAUAUGAACACACGCCUCGUGAGAGGUAGAAGUAUGCAUCCAAGAAGCUAAUCAGAACUGUCUCAUAACGCAGGCGAACAAACCAGAAAUGAGCAAAAGUGCAAGUUUAAAAAGCAAAAACGGCCAGGGUCACUGAACAUGCGAUGCUUGUAAUACUUAAAACCUACAGAGCAGAUUAAAGCUUGUAAAUACAUUAAAGACAAAAAAAGGUAUUUAA